AUGGCUAACGACCACGUUUCAUCUGUUCUGAAAUCGCUGAUUCUGCUUCUGAUUCUUGUCUUCUUGAGUCAGCAACAUGCUGAUUCUGCCUCUAUCGUUAAGUUUCUUCCUGGUUUUGAAGGCCCUCUUCCCUUUGAACUCGAAACAGGUUACAUCGGUGUUGGUGAGGAGGAGGAAGUGCAAUUGUUCUACUAUUUCAUCAAGUCUGAGAGGAACCCUGAAGAAGACCCUCUUUUUCUCUGGCUAAGUGGAGGACCUGGCUGUUCUUCCAUCUCUGGUCUUCUUUUUGAAAAUGGGCCUUUGACUAUGAAGCUUGAGGAGUACAAUGGAACUCUGCCUUCCUUGGUCUCUACUACAUAUUCAUGGACUAAGACUUCGAGCAUUAUAUACUUGGAUCAACCUGUUGGAACUGGUUUCUCCUUCUCAACUCAACUUGUUGACACACCGAGCGAUUCAGGAGAGGCCAAACGGAUCCAUGAGUUUAUUCGAAAGUGGCUAGGUAAGCACGAAGAGUUCAUUUCCAACCCUUUCUAUGUUGGCGGGGAUUCUUAUUCCGGUAAGGUUGUUCCUGCGCUUGUUCAAGAAAUCUCUAAAGGCAAUUAUCAAUGUUGCAAACUUCCAAUAAAUCUUCAGGGGUAUGUGCUCGGUAACCCGCUAACAGAAUUCGAAAUUGAUUUGAACAGCCGCAUUCCAUUUGCUCAUGGAAUGGCACUGAUAUCUGAUGAGCUCUACGAGUCACUGAAGAUAAUCUGCAAAGGAACAUAUGUAAAUGUUGAUCCACGUAACACAGAAUGCUUGAAACUCCUUGAAGAAUACAACAAGUGUACAAAGACAGUAUACCAAAAUCUUAUAUUAGAACCAUUGUGUGAAAUUGAAACUCCAGACUGCUAUAGGUUGCUUUUGCAGGAUUAUAGGUAUCUGCUAGCUACCUACUGGGCCAAUGACGAAAGCGUACGCAAAGCUCUUCAAAUCUAUAAGGAGAGUAUAGGGAGAUGGAUACGAUGUAAUUUGGCUGUUCCAUACACUCACGACAUUAUAAGUAGUGUACCUUACCAUGUUGAUAACAGCAUCGAUGGCUAUCGUUCUCUCAUCUUCAGUGGUGAUCACGAUUUGGGAGUGCCUUACCUUGCGACUCAAGCUUGGAUAAGAUCUCUCAACUAUUCGGUUAUUGAUGACUGGAGGCCAUGGAUGAUCAAUCGUAAACUUGCUGGAUAUACAAGAACUUACGCGAAUAAUAUGACAUUUGCUACUAUCAAAGGAGGUGGACACACUCCAGAGUUUAGACCAGAGGAAAGCUCUGUUUUGUUUCAAAGAUGGAUCAGUGGCCUACCUCUGUAAACAGGUUCCCCAUAUUUUAAACAAGCUCUGUAUAAGUUCAUGAUUUGGUAUCUACCUGUAACUAUUGAUGUUCCGUUUGUGUGUGUGAUGAAGAUUUACUUUAUAUUUGAAAAAAUAAAAUUGUUUUUGUGGUUACGACAAGCUGCAAGGACAAUUAACAAGUAAUUUUGUGUUCUGUUAUAUUUAUUUUAUAUGAUUUGAACGUUAUAGUAUAUAAGAUCA